CAACUUGACUGGGAUUUGCCCAAAUCUUAAAUCUGCAGGAAAAAAGUGGAGAUCUGCUGUCUUGAAGACCAUUUUAUUGCAGCAAGAGCGGACCCUGCAAGUAUUCCUAAAGUGUGUAACGUGGAAAGCUCAACAGCUAUUGCCAGAAAGUCUGUAGAGGAAAGUUCCCCAUGAAUGUACGUCACAAUGAUGAUGACAGACCAGAUCCCGCUGGACCUGCCUCCCUUACUCAACGGCGAAUUACCCAUGAUGCCUCACAUGGUUAAUGGGGAUGGAUCUCAACAGAGUCUGGGAAGGCCACAAACACAACUUUUUCAGACGAACAACCAGAAAUGUACUGUUUGGAACACGUAUUCCGACAAUAUGAUGGUCAUUUUUGUUCAAGUCAACCCAGGAGAAACCUUCACAAUAAGGGCGGAAGAUGGAUCCCUGCAAUGCAUCCAAGGGCCUGCUGAAGUUCCCAUGAUGUCACCCAAUGGCUCUAUUCCACCAAUCCAUGUGCCCCCAGGUUACAUCUCACAGGUGCUAGAAGAUAACACAGGGGUGCGAAGAGUCGUAGUGACACCACAGUCUCCAGAGUGCUACCCUCCCAGCUACCCUUCAGCAAUCUCCCCCACACACCACAUAUCUCCAUACCUUCCCCACCAUCCCCACUUCAUCCCCAACUCCCACACUGCUUUCUACCCACCGGUCACUGGACCAGGAGACAUGCCCCCCCAGUUCUUUCAACAGCAUCACCUCCCUCCUACAAUAUAUGGGGAGCAAGAAAUCUUACCAUUCUAUGGAAUGUCCAGCUACAUUACCCGGGAGGAGCAGUACAGCAAACCACAGCACAAGAAGAUUAAAGAGAGACAGCUGGACCGGCAGAACCGACUCAACAGCCCGCCGUCGUCCAUCUACAAAUCCCACAUAACCUCCUGUACAGUGUACAACGACUACGGCAAGAGCCAUGGUGGGGCUGGGGGCAGCGGAGGAGGCAGUCCAGGCAUCAAGAAAACAGAGCGCAGAGCGAGGAGCAGCCCAAGGUCCAACGAGCAAGAUGUGCCAGAUCAUGAUUCAGAAACCAAGAGAGUUCAAGACAUGCUUACAGGAAUAGAGAAACCACAGGUGUCUAAUGUCCAAGCCAGGAGCGCCCGCCUAACUUGGGCCCCACCGUCAGGGCUCUUGAAUGGGGACAGACACAGCAAUGGCCUGCCUUACACCUGUAGCUAUGAGGUCACAUUGUCAGACAAGGGGAGGGAUGGAAAGUACCACGUUAUUUACAGUGGCGAAGAAUUAGAAUGCAAUUUGAAGGAUCUCAGGCCAGCAACAGACUAUCAUAUAAAAGUGUGUGCAAUGUACAACUCUCUAAAGGGAUCGUGUUCAGAGCCAGUAAGCUUUGCCACACACAGUUGCAGCCCUGAGGGACCCUUACCUCCAAAACUAUCGCACAGGAACAAGAGUUCCCUUACCCUACAGUGGAAGGCCCCAAAUGACAAUGGUUCAAAAAUCACUAGUUAUCUAUUAGAAUGGGAUGAGGGAAAAAGGAACAAUGGCUUUAGAGACUGUUAUUUUGGGAGUCAAAGGCAUUGUAAGCUAACCAAACUCUGCCCGGCGAUUGGAUACACUUUCCGACUAGCAGCACUGAACGACAUAGGCACCAGCAGUUACAGCCAGGAAAUCUUGUUUUACACAUGUGGAAGCAUCCCUCAGUCGCCCCUGGCUCCCAGACUGGUGCGGGCUGGCAUUACUUGGAUCACCUUACAGUGGAAUCGGCCAGAUGGCUGUACGCCGGAGGAGGUGAUCACAUAUACUCUGGAAAUACAGGAGGAGAACAACGGAAAUGGGUUUCAUCCGAAGUACACGGGUGAAGACUUGACAUGUACUGUGAAGAACCUCAAGAGGAGUACUCAGUAUAAAUUCAAGCUCAUUGCCUCCAAUGUGGAAGGGAAAAGCAGCCCCAGUGAGAUCCUUGUUUGCACCACAAGUCCAGACAGGCCUGGACCUCCUUCCAGGCCUUGUAUUAAAGGAGCCAUUACACCUCACGGCUUCUGUGUGAAAUGGGAUCCCCCACAAGACAAUGGAGGUUCGGAAAUCCUGAAAUACCUCUUGGAAAUAUCGGAAGGAAACUCAGAUGCAAACCAAUGGGAGAUAGCAUACAGUGGAUCUGCCACAGAGCAUGUGUGUGAUCACUUGAAACCAGGCACUUUGUAUAGACUGCGGGCCUGCUGCAUCAGCACUGGAGGGCACAGCCAGUGUUCUGAAAGCCUGCCUGUUCGCACACUAAGUGUUGCACCAGGGCCGUGUCAACCCCCAAGAAUUGUAGGAAAACCCAAACACAAGGAAGUCUGCUUACAAUGGGAUUGUCCAUCCUCAGACAGUGCCUGUGAGGUGACAGAGUACAGCCUGGAAAUGAGCGAAGCAGAAACAGACCCCACCGAGGUCUAUCGUGGUCCUGACCUGGAAUGUACUGUCAGCAGCCUCCUCCCUGGAACCACCUACAGCUUCAGAGUCCGAUCCACCAACGAGGCUGGGUACAGCCCGUAUUCUGGAACAACAGAAGUAACUACUGCAGCAGGACCUCCAGGCCAGUGUAGGGCGCCGUUUCUCACCUUAACAUCUAAUUCCUGUGUUCUUGUAAGCUGGGAGAGCCCAGAGAACACUGGAGCAGAUAUUUCAGAGUACAGACUGGAGUGGAGCAGAGAAGAUGAAUCCUUGGAGCUUAUUUACUGCGGUACAGAAACACAGUAUGAAAUCACAGAUCUCGCUGCAGCAACACAUUACUGCUGUAGACUCCAGGCAGCAAAUCAGGCAGGAGCAGGACCCUACAGCGAUGUGGUGACCUGCAGCACGCCAGCCACGGAGCCAGGAGUGGUGCCUGUGCUGUUUGUGCGAGAUGACGAUCACACAGACACACCCCUCGUUUCCCCCUCCAUGUGCCUUGCAUUAAAAUGGGAAGAGCCUUGCAAUAAUGGGUCAGAAAUUAUUGCAUAUGUCAUCGAAAUGGAAAACAGUCAGAUCACAGUGGAGAAUGUAACAAGCUUUAUGAUUAAGGGUCUGCAGCCAGACAGUGACUACAGCUUCAGGAUCCAGGCUGUGAAUGGGAUCGGAGCAGGUCCCUUCAGCCAGACAGUGCAUGGCACGACCAGACCACUGCCUCCCACACCCCCCCGGCUCGAGUGUGCUGCAGCCGGACCCCAGAGCCUCAAACUCAAGUGGGGAGACAACACCACCACCAAAGUGCUUAUCACGGAUGACAUGGUGUACGCGCUUCAAAUCGAGGACAAAAACAGAGGGUUCAUUACCAUCUACAGAGGACCAAGUCGUACUUACAAGGUACAGAGGUUGACAGAAUCCACCAGCUACAGCUUCCGAAUGCAAGCAAUCAGCGAAGCAGGAGAGGGCCCGUUCUCCGAAGUGUACACCUUCAGCACAACCAAAUCAGUCCCGCCGGCUGUCAAAGCUCCCCGGGUGACCCAGUUAGAAGGAAACACAUGUGAAGUCACGUGGGAGGCUAUUCCACCAAUGAGAGGCGACCCAGUCAGCUAUACUCUACAGGUCUUGGUCGGGAGAGAAUCAGAGUACAAACAGGUUUUUAAGGGGGAGGACACCGCAUUCCAGAUCUCAGGCCUUCAAUUCCACAUGGAUUACCGUUUUCGUGUGUGCGUGUGCCGCCGCUGUACAGACACCACGCAGGAACUGACUGGAGCAUUCAGCCCCUCCACCCUCUUCACACUGAGACGUAACGAGCUGACGCUGGCUGGAGAGCUGGGGGCAACAGACAACACCAAAUCAAAGAGCAUGAUGCCCACUGAUGAACAGUUUGCAGCCAUCAUUGUAGUUGGCUUCGCAACUCUGUCCAUUUUGAUUGCCUUUAUUUUACAAUACUUCAUUAUGAAGUAAAACCACACACAUUUUAACUAAUGCUACGCAUUGUAGUCCCAAUAUGUAUUCAGACUUUUCUUCUUAUUUCCUCCCUCUCUAGUUUUUGUCCUUCACUUAUUUAUUUUAUUUUUUUCUAAGAAGUUUUAUCAGCCUUAUGUUUUGCUGCACCUUGUUUGGGAAAGAAUUAUUUUAAAACCACAACAGAUUAAAAUCAUGUGCAUGAUAUUUUUUAAAGCAAUGAGAAAAAAAACAAAACUUUAUGGCCUUAUUCUUUGUUCACUGUUUAUAAGGAUUAACUUUUUGUGUGUGUGUGUGUGUUUUUUUUCAGCGAUAUAUACUGUACAUGUAGGAACAAUACCUAUACCUUAUACCAUAAUACCUUGUGAUAGUUGUCAAAUAAUGUUAUCCAAAAUGUAUACAGUUAUAAAGAUUUCUAUCAGGGUAAUUGAAAUCACAGUAUCAAAGUCAACUACAAUCCAUGCAGUGGUCAUGUUUUAAUGAACGCUGCUAUCCUCUAUUUAAAAAGAGGAAAAUCAAAUCACACUAUUUGUAUGUUCUCAUUUGUUAUCUAAUUAUAUAUAUUACACACACACAAAGCAACAAAAGUUAUAUGUUAGCACAAAAAAAUCAUCAAUUUAAACAGAAUUCAGUGCAUUUUAUAAUUAAUUGGUGCUUAAGCUUAGAGGUCAGUUGACUUCGUCUGAAUUUACGAUAAUCCACUGCAACUCUAAAUGUAGGAGGCUAAAGCCUUCACAGUGUAAUCUGGUACAUUUCUGAGAUAUCCGUAUGCAAGUAACGUAUUAUUUCAAUUUGGCACUUCUCUUGAAUUAAAGACGCCCUCGUAUUGACAGCACAGUCGUACAUCAGCUUCACAAUAGAGGCCGCCCUCGAAUAAACGCUUCAAUCAAUAAAGAAACAUUAAGGUGUUUUUUUCUCCUCCUACUAAAAAAAAAAACCACUCACACAAACAAAUAAAUGAGCAAAACUGACUAUACAUGUAACUCCCCCGAAGAGACGGGAGCCUCAAUCUAGCAAGUAAAUUACAAACUAAUGUACACACACAUACUAAGCAUGUUUUA